GUAGUUAGAAAUUUUUCUUCUCCUAAAACAAAUUUAAACAUGGAAACUGAUUCAGAUCUCGAUGAAACAAUGCUUUCCCAAAUAGAUUUUGACAAUCUGGAAGUUUUAGAUGAAGUAGGCGAGGGCGAUUCCAUUUUACAAUUAAUUAAAGAGAAAGAAGAUGUUGAAAAAGCAAGUGAAGGAGAGUCAAGCAAGAAUCAGAAAGAAAGUUUAGAUGUAAGAACGGAAACAGAAAAGGGGAAGGGAAGUGUUGAAAAAGUUGAAGAAGAAUGGGAGAGAACAGUAAAAUUUACAGAUGACAGAAAAGUUGUUAAGAACAAAGAAGGUGAAGAGAAAAGCAAAGAAGAAGUAGAAUUAUUUGAAAAGUUGCAAGCAUGUAAAAGAAAGAGAAUGGAUGAUUAUGAAGAAGAAAUUAAAAUUGCGAAGGAGCUAUUCAGGGUGCAAGAAAAGGGAAAAGAGGCGGCAAGAGCAGAAAAACUUCAAAAGCAGAAAGAAGAAGAAGAACGGAAGAAAAAAUUUAAGCCAGAAGAAAAGGCGCGCAUUGCGUAUCAAGAGGUUCUUCUCAUGCACCAACAAUCUGAACAUCUCGUCAUUGUCGCAAAUGAAGUCAGGGCUGCUGCUUCGGUAGCUUCAACAGCAGCGUUUAAUUACUUGGAAAAAGUUACUCAGCAUGAAAAAAACUUAUCUAAAAAUGCUACUUACCUGAAAAAGGAGUGGAGUUAUCGCCAAGCAGAGCGGGUGAGGUUGGAGAAUUCCGAAAAAAAUCAGGCAUCAAAAAUCGCCAAUGAAAAGAAGAAUCCGGAAUAAUGUAUUUAUGUAUGGAAGUUGUCUGGCUAAUCAGUAAAUACAUUAUUUUCUUCAGAAAUUGAAGCGAAUUU